AUGCCGCAUGAUGGGAUCAGCAGUGUCAAUCAGCUGGGGGGGCUCUUUGUGAAUGGUCGGCCCCUGCCCCUGGACACUCGGCAGCAGAUUGUGCGGCUAGCUGUCAGCGGGAUGCGGCCCUGCGACAUCUCACGGAGCCUUAAGGUAUCCAAUGGCUGUGUGAGCAAGAUCCUAGGGCGUUACUACCGCACAGGUAUCUUGGAGCCCAAGGGGAUUGGGGGAAGCAAGCCACGUCUGGCCACACCCGCUGUGGUGGCUCGAAUUGCCCAGCUGAAGGGUGAGUGCCCGGCCCUCUUUGCCUGGGAGAUCCAACGCCAGCUCUGUGCUGAGGGGCUUUGUACCCAGGACAAGACUCCUAGUGUCUCCUCCAUCAAUCGGGUCCUGCGGGCACUACAGGAGGACCAGAGACUGCCUUGGGCACAGCUCAGGUCGCCAGCUGUUUUGGCUCCAGUUCCUCGUACUCCCCACGGUGGCUCUGAGGCUCCCCGGGGUCUCCACCCAGGGACUGGCCACCGGAAUCGGACUAUCUUCUCCCCAGGCCAAGCUGAGGCUCUGGAGAAAGAGUUCCAGCGUGGGCAGUAUCCUGAUUCAGUGGCCCGUGGAAAGCUGGCUGCUGCCACCUCUCUGCCUGAGGACACAGUGAGGGUCUGGUUUUCCAACCGAAGAGCCAAAUGGCGCCGACAACAGAAGCUCAAGUGGGAAAUGCAACUCUCAGGUGCUUCCCAGGGUCUGACGUUAGCAAGUGCUUCCCCAGGGAUCGUCUCUGCACAGCAGUCCCCUGGCAGUAUGCCCACAGCAGCCCUGCCUGCCCUGGAAUCCUUGGGUCCCUCCUGCUGUCAGCUGUGCUGGGGGACAGCAUCAGAGAGGCAUCUGAGUGACACCCCACCCCAAGCCUGUCUCAAGCCCUGCUGGGGUAAGAAUCCAGGCCAGCCGAGCUGCCUGGAUUCAGCACUACCUUGCCAUCCUUGCCCCUCCUGCCACUGCCCUGUCGCCGGUCUUGGUGCCCAUCAGGCCUUGCUCUGGCCUGGCUCCCCACAACUGCAAGGCCUGGAAUGA